AUGAGCUCCACGGUAGUAGAUAUCCCAUCACUUGUCUCUAAGCUUACGCUUGAGGAGAAGAUCUCUCUGCUUGCCGGAGUAGAUUGGUGGCGCACAUUCUCUGUCGACAGAGAUGGUGUGCUAGUGCCUCAAAUCAAGUUUACAGAUGGACCAAACGGUGCCCGUGGCGAGAGCUACGUGUCUGGUAUCAAGGCCGCAUGCUUUCCCUGCGGAACGUCACUAGGAUCUACCUUUGAUUCUUCCAUCCUUGAAAAGGUCGGUGCAGCAGUAGCAAAGGAAGCACUUACCAAAUCUGCCAGCGUAUUGCUCGGGCCGACCCUGAACGUCAUUCGUUCUCCUCUAGGAGGUCGAAACUACGAGACAUACAGCGAGGACCCUUUUGUUUUGGGUGUUCUAGCUGCGGCUUACGUUCGUGGCUGUCAGGCUGAGGGCACCGUUGCAGCGACGCCGAAGCACUUUGUCGCCAAUGAUGCUGAAAACCAGCGAACCACACUCAGCGUCGAAGUCAAUGAGCAAACGCUGAGGGAGAUCUACCUGAAGCCCUUCCAACUUGUUGCUAAACUGUCUGAUCCUUGGUGCUUCAUGACGAGUUAUAACCGAAUCAAUGGCGAAUACGUUGCCGACAGCCGUGACCUAGUGACAAGCGUUCUCAGGGAAGAAUGGGGCUUCAAUGGCGUUGUUGUAUCCGACUGGAUGGGCACUUACUCUGUUGCUCCUGGAAUCAAUGCCGGUGUAGACAUCGAGAUGCCUGGGUCGCCUAAGUGGAGGAAGAAGGACGAGGUUCUCAAGCUCGUCGAAGGCGGGCAAAUCUCUAAAGAGACGAUUGACAACAGUGUCCGUCGCAUCCUAGCACUUGCCAAGAGGCUCGGCCGUUUUGAGGACCCUACUGAGCCCCCUGAGCGCGAGGUUCAAGACGCUGAUCGAGAUGCUCUCAUCGAAACCUCCGCAGCUGAAGGUAUUGUGUUGCUGAAAAACGACAACAACGUGCUUCCGAUAUCUAAGGGCGCUUCUGUCGCCCUUAUCGGGCACCAUGCCACAUCGGUCGUGUUGGGAGGCGGCGGCAGCGCACGAGUUGAUGCUCUGCACGCCAUUACCCCUGUAGAGGGUUUCGAGAAACGAGGCCACCCCACCUCUGUCGCCCUCGGUGUCCCUGUGUUCGGUGCCAUUCCCCAUGCAGAUCCCUCAAUUGUAUUUGCGCCUGGAAGUGCUGAGAAGAGGGCUGAGCCAGUCAAGUUGGAGUGGUUCAAUGGCCUGAAGAUUGGAGAGAAUAAGGUUCACGAGGAGACUCGCCCUCAAGCCGAGUACAUGAUCAAGGAAAAGUGGCCCGACUACCUGGACUCAGUUGAAUAUUGCACUCGUAUUACAUUUGACCUUGUUGCUCCAUCAUCAGGCGAUGCGAUGUUUGGAGUCAUCAGCACUGGUGCCGCCAACUGCUACAUCGACGACGUUCUUGUCUUUGAGCGUGUCCAAGAGACCAAGUUACGACCCGAAUCAUUUUACUUUUUCAAAAAAAACCUUGAGAAACGAUUUACCUUCAAACAAGAGGCAGGACGCCGUUACAAGAUCAGGCUUGAGUCUUGGGCUUGUGAACCAAAGAUUCUCAACGCCUCACCUCUGUUCGGCAAGAUGUUUCAAGGAAGCGCAGUCCGAUUCCACGAGCAAAUCAACAUCGACGAAUGUCUUGACGAGGCAAAGAGGGUAGCCAGCGCUUGUGACUAUGCCGUCGUCUGUGUUGGUAACACAAAUGAGAUUGAGUCCGAAGGCUUUGAUCGUGAUACCAUGGACCUCACCCCCGAUCAAUACCGGCUGAUCGAUGCCGUGAACUCUGAAAAUAGUAAAACUGUUGUUGUGAGCUUCUGUGGUGCGCCCGUUAAUCUAGCCCAGUUCAUCGAUUCCACGCCUGCUGUUGUGCAGGCUUGGUUCCCUGGACAAGAGACGGGCCACUCAGUCGCGUCCGUGCUUACAGGCGCUGUCAAUCCUAGUGGGCGACUGCCACUUUCUUGGCCCAAAAAGCUGGAAGAUAACUCUUCGUUUAAGAAUUUCCCUGUAGGAGAAGAUGGUAUUCUUAGAUACGAGGAGGGGCUCGAUGUUGGCUAUCGUUGGUAUGAUCGCAAGGCGAGCCCCGAUCCGCUCUUCCCCUUCGGCUACGGUCUCUCGUACUCAAAAUACAUCAUUAAUAAGGCCGAGAUCGAUGGCCAGCGAUCCCUUACUGAUGCCAAAAGCACCAUCACGAUCAAGGCCCAAGUUCAAAAUAUUGGGCCCUACGAUGGGAAGGUCGUGGUGCAGUUCUACGUUGCAUCCCCCGAUAUGGCCCACCCCGCCGAUGGAUCUUUCCAGAAUCGACCCAUCAAGGAGCUUCAGGGCUUUUCUAAGGCUGAAGUCGCUGUUGGGCAGACCCAAGAAGUAUAUGUAGAGUUAGAUAAGUACAGUGUCAGCAUUUACGAUGCACAGAACAAGCGCUGGCAAGCUAGAGAGGGAGAAUACUCUGUGUUAGUGGGCUUGUCCAGUGUUGACAUCGCUCAGAGCAUCUUAUUCCGGGUUGACAAGGAGUUCACUUGGACAGGGCUGUAG